AUGCCCGGACCUGCAAACCACAAAGGCAAGAAGAAACGACAAGCCAAGAAGAAUAAAGCGAAAGGAAGCGCAGGAAAUGUCCUAGAGCAAAAGUUGGCCGAGAUCCGAGGCUCAGUCGCGCCGUCGAGACCGAGUACGGCUGCUGCGCGCAUCAAGACGCCUCUUAUAUCACGACCUCCGACGGUAUCCGCACCUAUUGUCGAAGAGGAGAGACGAGGGAGGUCGAGAACUCGUGCCUUUCCUCGUGAAGAGGAGACGAUUCAUGAAGAAGGAGAAGGUGGAACGUAUUUUUUGUACAAUGGAGAGUACUAUGAAAAGAUUCCACCAGAAGAGAUUGCGCUCUAUGAAGGGAUGGAGGCAGAAGUAGUCCAGUACGAAGGCGAACAAGUAGAACAGGAGGAAGAGUACGAGGGACCAGAGGAACCGUACAUUUACGACCCAGGAAACGGACCUCGCGUACGAGACUUUGUGGCAUUCUUACACAGUCCAUUUGCGGUGCAACCGAGUGUCGAAUUUGUACGGGUCGGCGAACCAAAGGGGGGAGCCGAAGACGACGUGGAUUGGACGGAUAAUGAACUCGUCGGUCUAUUAGCGCGUGCAGUGCCGGAUGAACUAGCCCUCGUACUUUGGUACAACCGGACACGAGCGACGCACCGGAUCUGUCCAACAUGUCAACGAGUGUAUCACGUUGGGGAAGCACUUCGACCGCAUCUGCCGGGUGUAGAUAGCGAAGAGGAGCAGAGCGUGACGGAAGAAGAGGUCAAGCGACAUGCAGCGCGAACGGCAGAGCAGUGGCUGAGCGGAAUCUGUUCGAUUCCGUGCUUUGCACUGUCGACGUAUACGCUGGGACCCGCAGCGGUGCUUGCAUAUGGCCUAUGGUGGUCGCAGCUCGACGAGGGGACAAAGGUCGCGCUUCAGCCGGGGGAAGACGAGGAGGAGAGGAUUGAUGACCAGGGGCUGAGUGCAUAUGUUGCACUUUCUCGGUGUACAGGACGGGAGAUGCUGGUGGUCCUGACGCGGGAAGAUGGAUAG